CUGCCUUAAAAAUAACAAAAAAUUUUUAAUAAUGACAUCAGCUUCAAGUACUAGUGCUCGAAACUUAUUCAUUGACUCUAAGAUAAGACUAGCUGAUAGAGUACAAGUGAAUAUUAAUAAUAUUGCAUCUUUAACGAGACAAAUUCAAAGAGGUUCAAAAAGUAAUGAAAUUUUGAUGAAAUCUGCAAAAAAAUUUUCUCAACAAGAACAAAUUCUUGAAAGUGUAGAAAUGAACAUGAAAAAAUUAACUUUAAUUGUAACACAUUUAGAAUUACAAUUAAAUAUAAUCAAUCAAAGUGUACUUAAAUUGAAAGAAGUUACUGAACAACUACGUACAAUGCAACAAUAAAUAUUGUGAGUUAUGUGUAAGAUAUAAAAAUUGAAA